UUGUACGUGUGCUUACAUGUAAACCGACUUUCAGAAAUGUACACAAUUCUACAGAAGCAUACGAUCGUACGCAUUAAAAAUUGGUUAUGAACAUACGGAAAAACCUUUGAAUUUCGCAUUCGCUAUUCUGUGAUUUCAGAUAAGAUGAUAUGAUGAUACCAGUACCUCUCCGUGUCGUGACUUAUAAGUAAAAGUGUCGAUAUCCUAAUAUCUUCUGUAUCUUAUACAUAUUUUUAACUUGAUUAAUUUUAAAAAUUACUGCUAAAUUUAAAAAGUGUAAAUAAAUGUACAUAUGUGUGCCUUUAAAAGUUGUUCAUAAUGCCGGAACGAAUUGAAAUUGGGGUUAUUCCUGAUAAUUUAAGACACGAAGAAACAAUUGUUCAAAUAUCAGAAGCUCUGGAUGAAUUAAAUUCUGCAGUUUCUUACAUAUUUGAUUGCAUUGACAAGAGACUUUAUGAAAAUAGUAAAAGAUUAUUAAGUGUUAGAAAUAGGGCUACAAAACUUGAAGAUCAACUAAAAUAUUUGCAAACAAAUUUAAAUUUAAAAGCUGUGAAAAUGUAUUCUGCUGCGAAAUAUCCAGCUAAUCAUACAUAUAAAGAAUAUGAGAUGGCAAUACCAUCUAAGUAUAAAGAUACGCAUGAAAUACCAAAAGCUUACAAAUGUUCUGUAUCUAUAAAAGAAGUGCCUGAAACAUACUUGCCUUCUAACUGUAAAACAGAGGAUGGCCAGUAUGUGGGAAAUAAUAACUUACAAGAGAAGUUACGAUUUUAUCACGUACGCUCCAGGAUGAACAAAGAAGUUUACAUAGACAAUAAUGAAUUAUCAUUUCCUCUCCACCUAUUUUCAAUUAGCGCUCUGCUAUUUGAUAGUAUGGAUAACCCUUAUAACAUAUCCACUAAACAGACUGGUCAUAGAGUAAGUGAAAAGCAAAAAAUUGAAGAUGCACCUGAUUCAAUUAUACAACCAUGGUUAAUGUCAGAAAUGGAUUCAUCUAGUAGUUAUCUCUAUACUCCAACUUUAGGCGAGGUGCCUCAGAUAAAUGUACCACCAAUACUUCCAGAUUUACCUGGUAUUGUCGAUGAUGAAAAAUUCAUUUUAGACCUUAAUUCUCAAAGUCCCAUUGCACCAUCUUCAGCAGUAACGACACCUACUGUCCGACUAGAUCUUCCAACUCCAACUGUUGAUGAAAAAGAUUCGAAUGCAAAGCAUGAACAAAAUGUUCCAAAUUUACCAAGUUUUGCAAAUACCAGUUCUUCUAAAGAUUCUACUGAAGAUACAACAGUAUAUCCACCACCUCCUCCUUCGCCAUUUACCACAUCUGAUGCCUCUAGCUCAGUUUCUAUAAAUUCGGAAAAUAUUCAUAAAUCACCCAUGCCAUCAAUGGCACCUCCAUCACCACCACCACCACCACCACCACCACCGCCUCCACCGCCUCCACCACCACCACCACCUGCAUCAGGAACUGAUGCUACAGACUUUGAAACAAAUUCUGUGAAGAAGAAAAUCAAUGAGGACAAAAAUAAAUCAACGAACUUAGACGACCGUUCAAACUUAAUGGCUGCAAUUCGAAAUGCAGGUGGUAUAGGAAGAGCAAAGUUGAGACAUACAGGACCACCAGAAGAAAAAGGAAAUCGGUGGUCUUCUGCGUCUGUUGGAGGAGAUUUAAUGGCUGAUUUACACGCGAAGCUAGCCCUUAGAAGAAAAGGAAUUGCAGGGUCAGGAGGUAGCGCUUUGGAGAGAAUGUUGAUCUCAAUUCCUCCUCCUCCAAAACCAAAUGAAGCAACUACGUCGGAUAGAAACUCUGCUACUAGUGAAUAUGAUUCUCAGCCGGAUACUGAUGAUUGGGAUGAAGGAAAUGAGCACUAUGGCUUCAAAUACAAAUUAACUUAGACAACUGUAGUACAAAUCAAUUUCUUUCUAUAACAAAGAUUUUAUAAUUGUGAAACACACUAUGGGAAGCCAAAUAAAAAUUUCUCCUAC